AUGAGGAGGUCUUAUAAGGAAGUUUAUCUUGGACUAGAGCGGGACCUGUUUCUUAUGAGGGGUGUGAGUUGGCGGCUGGAGGAUGCAGAAUGUGCCCUCAUGCUGGCCCAGGGCACGGUGGGGGCUUAUCUGGUGAGCGUGCUGACCACCCUGGAGCGCCGCUUCAGCCUGCAGAGCGCCGACGUGGGCGUGAUUGCCAGCAGCUUCGAGAUCGGGAACCUGGCCCUCAUCCUGUUCGUCAGCUACUUCGGGGCCCGCGCGCACCGGCCCCGCCUCAUCGGUUGCGGGGGCAUCGUCAUGGCUCUGGGGGCGCUGCUGUCGGCCCUCCCAGAGUUCCUCACCAGUCAGUACCAGGUGGGCAAGACCUGGCGCUCGGACGCAGGGCGCGAGGUGUGCUCCAACAGCAGCCGCGGGGCCUUAGAGGAGGACAGUGCGUGUGACGGCAAAGCCAACACCAACAUGAUGUAUCUGCUGCUGAUCGGGGCCCAGGUGCUGCUGGGGGUGGGGGCCACGCCGGUGCAGCCGCUGGGGGUGGCCUACAUCGACGACCAUGUGCGCAAGAAGGACUCCUCGCUCUAUAUAGAGCCGUCACAGAAAACCAUUGUGAGGAGGAGAGGAAGGGAGAAGAGGAGAGGAGAGGAAGGGAGGAGGGGGUUAGGAGAAGAGGAGAGGAGAGGAGAGGAGGAGGAGAGAGGAGGAGAAGAGUGGAGGAGAGAAGAGGAAGAAGGGGGAGGAGGAGAAGAUGAGGGAAUAGGGACGGAGAAGAGAACAGGAAGGGAGUAA